CGGUGGGCCGGGCGUACGCGCUGUGCUGGAGGAGGCAGGUUGCAGCCCCGCUGGGCCUCGGGAGCAGCUGGUCCGAGUCCGCGUCCUGGAGGUCGGAGAACGCUCAGGUAUGCUCUCUGAGCUCCCGGCAAUGGAGCUGAAGGUGUGGGUGGAUGGCGUCCAGCGCGUGGUCUGUGGGGUGUCAGAGCAGACCACCUGUCAGGAAGUGGUCAUCGCCCUAGCCCAAGCCAUAGGCCAGACAGGCCGAUUUGUGCUCGUGCAGCGUCUCAGGGAGAAGGAACGGCAGCUGCUGCCCCAGGAGUGUCCGGUGGGUGCUCAGGCUACCUGUGGACAGUUUGCCAGCGAUGUCCAGUUCGUCCUGAGGCGGACAGGGCCCAGCCUUGCUGGGAGGCCCUCCUCAGACAGCUGCCCACCACCUGAACGCUGCCCAAUCCGCGCCAGCCUCCCUUCGAAGCGCCGACCAGCACUAGGCCUUGAGCCCCGGAAAGCACUGACCUUCAGUCUGGGGUGCCCUGGACUGGCUCCCAGUCCCACUCUGUCUGAGCCUGUGGCCCCCAUGGCACCAGCACUGGGCCACUGCACAGACCUUCAGAGCCUAGAGAGAAGGGUGCGCAGGAAUGCAGCCGAACUGGGCCAGGAAGCCUUCUGGGAACAGGAGCUGCGGCGGGAACAGGCGCGAGAGCGAGAGGGGCAGACACGCCUGCAGGCUCUGAGUGCAGCCACUGCGGAGCAUGCUGCCAGGCUGCGGGCCCUGGACGCCCAGGCCCGGUCCCUGGAGGCCAAGCUACAUCUGGCCACAGAGGCCCCAGGGCCACCCUCACCCACAGCGUCUGCCACAGAACGACUGCGCCGGGACCUGGCUACCCAAGAGCGACAGAGUGAAGAGGUGCAGGGCAGCCUGGCCCUGGUGACCAGAGCCCUAGAGGCUGCCGAGCAUGCCUUGCAGGCCCAGACUCAGGAGCUUGAGGAGCUGAACCGGGAGCUCCGUCAGUGUAACUUGCAGCAGUUCAUCCUGCAGACCGGGGCUGCAGUGCCGCACCCCCCACGGCCAGACACACAGGAUCUUCUGCCUCUGACCGGAGAAGAGCCCCUCAUGGGAGCCCCCCCGAGUUCAGCCCUAGUGUCCAGCCUAAGCUCAGAGAUUGUCCCCAUGAGGAAGAACUCCUGGAGGUAGCAGCUCUUGUCCCAAAGUAGACGCCACUGCCAGCCCAGCCCUGGGCUCUGACGACAUGGGCAAGGCAGCUGAGGCCAGCGCAGCCUGAAUGACGGAAGGAGAAUCAGUGGUCACGGAGGCUCCUUCCCCACGCAGUGGGCUGCCCUGGACCCAAGGAAGAGCACCGUGGAGCCCUGUGGUUUUCUGCAGGGCAGAGGGAUAAGCUGAGGACUCUUACCCCAGUCCUCACCAAGUGUGCCAAGCCCCCUGGAGAGGCACGUGACAUGGCCAGCUCAGACUCGCUAGGACCCAAAGACUACAGCUCCUUACUGGGGACAGGAGAUGCACAGAUGCUGUGUUUGACCUGUGGGUAUGUGCUCACAUGUGGGAUGUGUCUUUCACCUUGUGUGUGUGUGCUGCCUCCCCUGCCCCAACACUAAGACCUCAAUAAACCGCCCAGAGUGGCUGA